GCCCUCCCAGUCCCAGCGCUGCUCGCUCCGCCGCCCGCCCACCCCGGCCACGGCGAGAUGAGGCCCGCGGCGGCCGCGGCCGCAUCCGUGCUGCAGGCGCCACGCCGCGCGCUCGGAGGGGUGUCGUUCGUCGCCGCCCGCUGCGCCUCCUCCUCCUCCUCUGUCGCCGCCGCCGCCGCCACUGCGUACGAUCAUGUGUCGUUUGUCAAGGAAGUCGCUGUGACUGAUCCCCCGGAGCAUCUCAACUCUUUACUGAAUGUGCUUCAUGCACGAGGUGAGAAGAUAGUUUCUCCUGGAGCUAAAAGAGGGCUGAUUCCACUUGUUGUUCCCCUGUCGGAAAGCCCACAAGGUAACUUGACAUCCCUGCUGAGAUGGCCGACUGCUCCAAGUGGGAUGGAAAUGCCUGUAGUGGAAGUGCGUAGCCAUGGGCUAUGGCUUUUGGCUAAAAACGUCAAUCAAUAUAUUCAUAGAAUACUUGUCGAGGCUGACAGCAGAGCUGAGAGUGGUGAUGAUUUAUGGUCUGCUGUUCGAGAAGAUUUAUGGUCUGCUGUAGGGGAAGCUGGUCCAAACAUUUACAAAAGAGGUGAUUUCAAAGAAUCGCAGGUGGCAGAUCUUGAUGUCUAUUUGUUGAAGAAGGUUGGACUCUUUCCAGACAUUCUAGAAAGGAAAGCAUCACGCCACCUGGAAAAAGGAGAUAAUGUCUCUGCUCUUAUUACUUCAGAAUUCUAUACUAGAGAUCAAUUUCCUGGAUUUGGAAGACCCUUUGUGUUCAACUCAGAAGUUCAAAAAAGAAUUGGGCGUACAUCUGAAGCCAAAGAAUCAGCUCGAGUGGCUUUGAAGUCACCAUGGUGGACACUAGGCUGUAGAUACGAAGAGGCAGCUGAACUAGCUGGGUGGGAGGAUGAGCAGAUCGAGUUCAUAAGAGAAAAGGUAUCCGAAGAGGGCAAACAAGAUGAUCUGAAGAAAGGAAAAGCUCCAGAGCAGGUGGUCCUUGACGAGGCGGCGUUUCUGAUGGAUCUGGCCACGGUCGACGGCAACUGGGACGAAGUCGUGGAUCGGAUCGCCGACUGCUACAGAGAGGCUGGGAUCCACGACAUUGCACAGUUCAUCGCUUAUAGGGAAUAGAACACCUGCGGUUCAUGUUUCCUACGUGCACGAUGCCGCUUUGAAAUUUUUUGCGGCACUCGGCUUCGGAGUUUGGACUGAGAAGUGUAGUGUAGGCUUAGCUUUUAUGAGCAAGAAGAAACUAUUCCAGCGUGUGGAUCAUAGGCGUAUCUUUGUGGUCACGUCGCACAAGCGCAAAUAAUGCCCAGUUUAUUCGAUUUCUUUUUGCCGUCUAUGUAUGUAUAUUCAUGAUUAAUAAUAUACUAACUAAACCUCAAAUUGUUGCGACAUUUGGUUA